AUGCGUAUAGAGUUCUUGCUGUACGCCAUAUACUCCGUAUCCAAGGUACACUUCAAACUAUCACCCACAGCCGCUGCACUCCGCAUGCGGCAAGCGGUUGCUGCGUCCGGUGUCUGUCGCUCUCUGGAUGGAUCAUCCGGCUGGCUGGAGAUGGUCCGAUCGCGCAGCAAGGUUCGACCCGACUUGAGUUGUCUUUCUCGUACUUUGGGGCAAGUAUCAGACAUUAUCGAUGCUACUGCGUCUCGUAUCGAAAGCUUACCAUACAAGGGCGCAGGCAGCAAAUCGGAGAAAGAAAUGGCCGUGGUCGGGCGACUGCCCAUGUUUUGGGGGGUGUUCCCGGGCGACUACAAGAAUCACAAGUAUCAGGCGGGUUGA